GGUGCGCGCGAUCCGGGAUUCUUCGCGGUGUGGUGAUCCGGUGGUGGUGAUUCUGGACGAAGAUCUGUUGACAUUCACGUAAACUUUUCGAAACAUUACAACCAUCAUGUCGGUGCUACUGGAAGGGAGGUCAUACAGGCCGUUCAAGUCCUCGGAGGAGUACCUGAUAGCGAUGAAAGAGGACCUGGCGGAAUGGCUGAACUCCCUGUAUCCGGAACUCAGGAUCAACCUCGACAAUUUUAUGGACAGACUGGACACCGGUGUCGCUCUAUGCAAACAUGCCAACAACGUGCGGAAAUAUGCGGCAGACUACGUGGCCCGUCGUCAGGCCCGCAAAAUGCCGAUGACACGCUCGAUAACUUCCUUGGCGUUGCCGAUGAGCCAGGUAGGCGACGUGCCCUACCUGCCGAACGCGAAGGCCGGCACCUUCUUCGCCCGCGACAACGUUUCGAACUUCAUCGACUGGUGCCGCAACAGCCUCGGCAUCAUCGAGUGCCUGCUCUUCGAGACCGAGGACCUGAUAAUGCGUAAGAACGAACGACACGUGAUAUUGUGCCUGCUGGAGGUGGCACGUCGCGGCGCCAAGUUCGGCAUGCUCGCGCCGUUGCUCGUGCAAAUGGAGAGGCAAAUCGACCGCGAGAUCGCCGCCGAGAAUAAGGCGGUGAACGGCGCCGGCAACGAGGAGAGCGACGACGAGUACGAGGAGGAGCAGCCCUGCCUCAUAUACGGGCCGCAGCCGCAGAUCGUCACGAACGAUCUCAAGACUCUCCACGAGUUGGUUCGCGAUAUCGUAGAGGAGUGCACAUGUCCGACACAGUUCCCGAUGAUCCAUGUGGCCGAGGGCAAGUAUCGAAUUGGCGACACGAAGGUCACGAUCUACGUCCGGGUCCUACGCAGUCACGUAAUGGUGCGUGUCGGCGGCGGAUGGGACACUCUCAGUCACUAUUUGGAGAAACAUGAUCCUUGCCGAUGCAGAAACUCGCACCGCUCGAUGGUCUCAGCGAAACUCAUUCAAAAGGCCGGCGGAUCUUUCGAUCUGGGCAAUGCGCAGGUGCAUUAUGAACGAUCAUCACCUCCGAGAACCCGGCGGAGUUCCGCGUCGAGCGUCGGCUCGGUACAGAAUCUGCAAUCGGCGCAGCUGCACGCACCACCCAGAAGCAUUUCCAGCAAUCGCUCGCGAUCGCCCACACCUCACCGACCGGCAGCCGGCAGCAAGCAACAGCAUCAGCAGCAAUCGAGCGACGAGCAGAAGAAACGCUCGAGGAGUCCCACACCGCAUAGGAAAUUGCUGGCGAGCCCGAAUUACCAGCCCGAUUUGGCGAAGCAGAGAUCAAGGUCGCCGACGCCUAGGGCGAACCUGAGAUCGAGAAGCCCGACGCCGCGCGUGGAGCGGAAGAACAUAGAUACGUCCAAGAGAAACGCCGCGCAUAACGAGGAGGCGCGAUCGCCGACGUAUCACGGGAGGCUUCAGGAAAACGGCCGAGAGAGCGGCCUUAAAGUGCCAGGAGAAUUCACUAAGCGAUACGUCGUCGAGGGCGGCGUGGCGCGUCGGGCCGUCGAGAAGGACGACACGCCGAAGUACGAGCCGUCCAUCUACAAUUACAAGUGCAGCGAGGACUCGAGUGGCAGCCGUAGCUCCACGCCGAGCAAGGAGGACCAACCGGCCCUCGAGACUUUCGGCAAGGACGCUACGGCGAACACCCAGAAGUCGCCGCACGGUGACGGCGAGCACUCGGACAAUUGCAGCGAGGUAUCCGACGAGGGUUACCGAAGCCUCGGUGCUGUCCAGCCGUCCACUGCCAACGGAAAUUCCGCCAGCACUCAGGGCUCGCCCACGGUUGCCGAUUGUCAAAAGCAACCUCCAAAAACGGAGCCCGAAGAAAGAUCUGGCGUGGAGACUGACAGUAUCGAGACCGGAUUACGCAAGGUGGUGCGGAAGGACAGACUGGCGAGCCCCUUACGAAUCUCCUCUCCGUCCAGAAGCGUGGCGUCCUCGUCGACAGGCGACAGGACGCCACGCGCCGGUUCCAUCGUGCGCGAGAGCAGUAAUCUGUCGAAAACAUCGUCCGAUAGCAGGACACUCAAGGACAACAACUCGAGCCCGGAAAGCAGUCCGUUGAACCGCGGAGGGAUAGGAACGAUUCGCAACAAGAGUAACGGAAGCUACGGCACGCUGCGGAAGUCAACUCCGACCGGAAGUCUCAGCAAGGCGUCCUCGCCGAUACCCAAGUCGCCGAGAUCGCCCGUAAGCGGUAGCGCUACGUGGAACGGCCGGCAGACCAGACGGCGGGCCAGCAUUCAGUCGGACACCUUCCUGGAUCCAAAGUCCACGCCGGUCACGUGCGCCACGACGCCGAGUUUCUCGCGGAAGAGCCCGGGAAGGCAGAGUCUGCAGUGCCGGCCGAGUCCGAACGGCGGGAUUCAAUACGACCGGAACGGCAGGAGGAUCCGAACGUCUGCCGCGGGGACCGGCUCGCUCCAGUCAUCGCCCACAAAGGUAACAAACCCAUUGCUUGAUCAAAUUCUCCAGAAGCUGGGCGAUUUGAAGGACGAGCGCGAGAUGGUGCAAAAGCUGCAGGGUCUCCUGAGGGAUUACCGGGCCCACGCGACCGACGGCGCCGAGAAUAUGGAGUUCGCCAAAGUAUGGGUGGACAGUAACGGGACCAUGACCGUUCCCCAGGACGUUCCCCAGGUGUCGGUCAGCCCCAGGAAAGACCCGAAACCUCAGGAAGGAUUCUCGAGGAUCCCGGUGCCCCGCGCCGUUCCCUACAAGAGACCGAUGUCCGUAGCGUCGGACAGCGUUUGAGGGUGGUCUCUUAUCCCCUAUCGGCCGAGUCUUGACGAGAAUCGAGGUCUGUGGACCGGCUGUAGCCUUCGUGCGUUAGGCUAAGUUAGGCUGAUCGGAUCGGUGCUGACGUCAGUGAGGGCAACCAGGUAUGCACGAGUAAUUGCGUCUCUUGACUAACCGCGCUUGAUUCUUCAUUCAAUUUGAUAGAUGGGUCGGACGUCUCGAUCGCAAUAUCGGAUGAGAAGGAGUAUACGUUUCCUAGAAUAUUGCGGUCUAAGGAUUUGAAUAGGUUUUAGAAAAUACUUGAGGAAUUCAGGGAUUUGUAGCAUAUAGAGAUUUGUAGAGGCAAAGAAUUAAAAAAAAAAAAGAAAAAAAAAGAAACAAAAAAGGCAAAGUGUCUAUGAUAAAGACUGAAAGCUGCUAAUAAUAAGUUUAGACAUUCUGAGACACAAAGUCGUAUAUUUUAGAUAUCCAAUGUCUGAAUGUUUAUACAGUCUAGUGCUCAAAACUUAAAAAAUCCUGAAAGUCGAAAAAUUCAAGAUCUCAACAUCUAGAAAUUCGGAAACCGCGAGAGCUGAGUCUCGAAGAAUCCUAAGAACAAUGCCCUUGUCGCGUGCAUGUUUAUUUUACUGUCAUCGAGUUAUCGUCGUCGCAAACAGUACGACGCUUAGGAUAUGGCUUUCUAUUUCUGCUCUUCGCCUACGCCUUCAACAACCAUCAUCGCAGAUCGAAGACGUCCGACCGUAGAGUAACUUAACGGGCCUUAACGGUACGGGGUCAAUCAGUUAGUAGCUCUUAGUAGUCACGUAUCGGGGUGGUGCUUAGAUGGUGCUGAACAACGAGACGACGUUUACGACAGCCAGCGAAGUGAAAGAGUGAGAGAGAGAGAAAAAGAGAAAGGAUAAUGGUGGAGUCGGAAACUCGUCCCGCGGAUAAAUUUUCAGUUGAUUAAAGCGGAAUCAAAAAUGAGCAAUUAGCUGCGGCGAGUUCUUGCGUUAAUCGCUUGCCAGUCGAUUUAUUUCCAGUCGCUUAAUUAUAUCCUAUACGCUCAUCGGUUAUUGGAUUUGAAAUGAUAAUCGUUAGAUUAUCAUGCAAAAUUUUAGAGUGCGAAAUAAAAAUUUACAACAAUAAAUUCUUAGUUUCUUUAAGUUUUUAACCACUGUGUUGCGAGAAAUUAGACAAACAUUGAUUCGAUAACUUUUCUACGUUGAAAACCCUGGCAAUUUUCGUUCAAUUUUAUAGCAUUUUACGUAACAAAAAUCAAAGUAUGGUAUUUUAAGAGUUAAUACGACCGAUCGAUGGCGCCGAUCUUCGAGAUCAUCAGGAGGAUCGGCAUUGUCGAUUGUUGAAAGAUCAUCGCAAUUGCUCGGUCCACUUUAUCGUCGCCAAUUGGGCGGCACCUAAUCAUUUUUAUUUAAUUAUAUAGUCUAUCGAUUGUAUUUAUUAAAGAUGAUUUAUUUACGCGUUACGACCUCGCUAUGAAGGAGAGGAAGAGAAUGAAAAAGAGAAAGGAACCGAGGAGAAAUAGCCGAGAAAUAGUUGAGUGGAUAUUGAAGAAGAUUGGAUAAAAGAGAGAGAGGAUUCCGCUCGCGGAUUCUUCGGAAUGAUGAUAAAUCAAACGAAAAUCCCCCCCCCCCUUCCCUUUACCCGCCCAACCUAAAACAGACUGCAUUAUGUAGAUAGCGACGUGUGUCGUCGGACAAAUGCCAUUCCAGUGUUUAACUGUUUUUUAUACCAAACGCGAGCGUAGCGCCAAGUUUUGUACCAAGUGUCUUAGUAACGGAUUAAGGCGGAAAGAAAAGGGUUUAUUUUGUCGACGGGAGGCACGGAAGAGGAAUAUUUUUUAGUAUCAUGGUAUAUGCAAACAGACGGUCAUUAUACUUCGGCUGCGAGUAGGAACGUUUCCGAUAUUCGGACGAUAACAAUAUCUUUUGUCCGUUCGUUUCCGUCACGCUGGAGCUCUUCGAGGAAAGUCUCCUUUAUAAUCGUUCGCUAAGUAUACGGAAAGAAAGAAUUUUGCUAUUGCAGUGAUGAGAAUCGUGGCCGCUGUUGCGUAUUAGAAAUGAUAGCGACAAAAUUUCGCUACCAUAACCAUAAUAUUAAUUCGAUCUAUCGGCAAAAUCUGUUUUAUUGACAGAAUAGAUAAAUUUGGUCAAGUAAAAAUAACUUAUUUCUAACAAGUACAUUUUAAUAUUGCGACGAAAUUGUUGCUGCUAAUACAUAUUUGUAUUGCCAAAUCAAAUUGUUAUAAUAGCGAUAUAAUUUGCCAAUUUAGUAGAAUUAUUUUCAACAAAUAAAUUUAGUAUUCGUAACAAAUCUUUUGCUGCCCAUAAAAUAAUUAAUACAUCUUGCCCUGACAGCGUAAAAUUCGCUGUGCCAAGUUCUUUUUUUCCGUGUACAUACCUACGUUAUAUGCCGAUCAUAUAGGAAACUUAUGAAAAUCGAGGCGAAUUUCUCAAGCGGGAAAUCCUCUCAGCCGAGAUGGAUUCGUACCUUCUUGCCUUAUUCGGAAUUCGAAUGAUUUCCUACAUCUCGCGUAUAACAUCGUCGUGUUUUCUGUACAUGCAAUACGCAUACACACAAGCUAACGCUGCCUGUAAAUACUUUCGCGAGCAGUUUCGGCGGAGGAUCAUUUACUCGGCUAUUACAAUUAAAUUGAUCUCUAGUCUGUAGACGGCCAUGGUGUGUGUGUAUCACUUACGAUUAGUUCGCUUCGAAAAAAAGUUCGCGCAACGAUGGUUGGCGAAUGCACACGCGUGACGGGUAGUCGGAGAAAAAAAGAAAAGAUAGGCGGACUUACCCGGUCUGACGGGACUGGAGUUCGGUGCUGCGCGGUGCAGGGCGUUUUCAUAUUCUGUAAAUAUAAUGAGUACAUUGUUAGAAACAUAUCUUCGUUUUUAAACCGUGUAAAAUAUGUUUUACUAAGUUAAGCUAAGUUGACUUAACCCUUCGGUAAUCAUCGUCACGAUUAACACGGGUUAUUUGUUACGCCUCGUUAGUUUACUAUAUAAGAUAUGUAUUUUUAUAUAUGAAGUUCUCGCGUAUCGUUAUAUAAAAGAGCAUUAGUAUUAGUGUGUGAAGAACGCUUCGAAAAGUAGAAUGAACAAAAUCCAAAGUCGCUUCAAUGAAAAUGCAAGUGAUCGCGAUAUCACGUGACAAAAAUUUUUUGUCUUCACUCGGAGUGAAUCUUUACACGAACGAGCUCAUACGAAAGUUCUCAUUUUCGCCGAGAAUUGAGUAUCCGUUAUUGAAGGGUUAAGUACGCCGAGAUACUAAAUCACCGAACACCAUUCUCAGCGGAAAUCAGGAAUAGCCGAGCACUAAAAAAAAGGUUCACUUGCAAUUAGCAUAUGAUGCGCGCAAUAAUAACUUCUGUGGAAUAUCAAUGUAAACGAUGGUGUUAUAUUUUUCUUAAACCAUUUCUCUUCGAACUGCCACCGAUUCUUUAAACGUUAGGCACUUCAAUCGAUAUUAUCGUCAUUUGCAUAUUUUCCAAUCUUGACCUAGAAUAAAAAUGCACGAGAAAAACGAUAUUUGUUCACAUAUUGGAAAAUUGCACGAUGGCGGUGCAGCGUAGCAGUGUCUCGAGUAUUCGCGCAUCGAUAUUCGAUAAUCGGACACGUUUGUCCAAAACGAUCCUUGUGUUUCCGCAAUAAAAAAAAAAAAAA